UCAGCGAACAGCACAGAAAGAGUAGAGAGAGUGAAGUGAGGAGAAGAGCUGUCCUGCCUGCUGGAGAAUAGCUUCAUUUAACACACAAUAAAAGAGCGAAGGACUCCGGGGAAAGUGAAAUGUCAGCGCGAACAUCUUGAAGAAACCACUGAUUUACUUCUUCAGCUCUUUGUUUCUUAUUCAAGAGUUUAUCCAAGAACCUGCAGAGGAGAGGUAAAGGUUUGAAGAAGCAACACAUCAAGGUUUUGAGGAGGAAUCACUGGAAUCUUUUUCAAGCUUAUUUUUCAGUUUUCUGUUUUGGAUAAAGAUGCCAGAGAAGAAGAUCGGAAGUCCAGGGAUGAGUAUCUUCAGCCGGUGUCGGGUGGCCGCAGCAGUUGCUCUGAUCUUGAUUAUACUGGGAGGGCUGGGAGCUGCCAUCUGGGCCCUUGUCACAUAUCUUAGAACAACAGAAGAUACUGGAUUAUUUGAUGUACAGGUGAGUGCAGCAGACCAGAGGCUCCGAGUGUUUGACUCCACCCAGUGGAGGUGGAAACACGUCUGCUCAUCCAGCGCCAACCAGCUCAUCGCCAACAUCAGCUGUGAGGAGAUGGGCUUUGUCAGAGCAGUGAAUUUCUCAGUGACGUGUGCUCCUGAUAAUGGUGGUGACCAAGAUUUUUUCUGCGUAAAAGAGAGUGAGUUAACUUAUGGGAAGAAGAUAAAGACAGCCCUUUAUCCUUGUAAAUGUGAUAAAGGUCAGAUACUUGAAGUGAUUUGUCAGGACUGUGGUCGUCGUAUGCUGCCUGAGGAGCGGAUCGUGGGGGGAGUGGAUGCCCGCCAGGGUUCGUGGCCAUGGCAGGUCAGCCUACAGUAUGAUGGAGUUCACCAGUGUGGUGGAUCCAUCAUUUCAGAUCGCUGGAUCAUCAGUGCCGCACACUGCUUUCCUGAGAGGUAUCGUCAUGCGUCACGCUGGCGGGUUCUGAUGGGAUCGAUCUACAACACUCCCAUCCGUAAGAACAUUGUGAUCGCUGAGGUGAAGACGGUCGUCUACCACAGCAGCUACCUGCCCUUUGUCGAUGCCAACAUUGAUGACAACAGUCGUGACAUAGCCGUUCUGGCUCUGACAAAACCUCUGCAGUUCACUGAUUUUAUCCAGCCGGUGUGUCUUCCUACCUACGGCCAGCGUUUGGCAGAUGGCCAGAUGGGUACAGUAACUGGCUGGGGUAAUGUGGAGUAUUACGGCACUCAAGCCAACGUCCUCCAGGAAGCUCAUGUGCCCAUCAUCAGUGAUGCGGUGUGCAAUGGCCCGGAUUAUUAUGACAACCAGGUCACAACCACCAUGUUCUGUGCCGGUUAUGAGAAAGGAGGAACUGACUCCUGCCAGGGGGACAGUGGUGGUCCUUUCGUAGCAGCAGAUGUCCUGUCUAAGACCAGCCGCUAUCGUUUGCUGGGGGUGGUGAGCUGGGGCACAGGCUGUGCCAUGGCCAAAAAGCCUGGCGUCUACACGCGUGUGUCACGCUUUCUGCCCUGGAUAUCCACAGCCAUGAGGAUGUAUGAAAACUCCCCAGGAGUGCAAAAAAUGGCACGGGCGGUCACACCAUAGCCAUUCAGAUUGGAAAAAAGUUUAAUAUGAGACUGAAAUGUUGCCUGUUGAGGUCAGAUGUGUUGCUCGGAUCAGUCUGAAAUCAGACGUCUGGUGUUGAUCAGAUGUUCUGUGAUGAUCAACCUAUCUCAAGGACAAUAUCUGACUCACGGAGGCCAAGAACCAUUUCUGAUGCUGUACUUUGAGUAAAUGUUUAUGAACAUAGCAUGUGUUAUUAACAUAGAAUAUGCAGUUUUUCUUUGAAAAUCUACCAAAAUACUGUUUAAUGAGAUAGGGUGAUUAAAAUGAACAAUAUUGAUUGAACCCAAAAUUACUCUCUCUCUCUCUCUCUCUCUCUCUCUCUCUCUCUCUCUCUCUC